GAGCACAUGCCUAUUACUUAUUGGCUAAAAAAAAAAAUUUAAUUUGGUCAUUAAAUAAUCCUUACUUUUUUCUUCAAUUAUUUAUUUUAGUUUCAGUUUUGUUAUUUUGGGUUUUGGGGUUUGAUGGUGGUGUUGGUGUCAGCUCCCAUCAAAUUCAUCGUCUUCUCCAACCUGACAAAAUAAUUUUAAAAAAUACAGCUCCGUCCAUCACAGUUCAUUAUAUAUAGAGUGGUAACAUUAGUUUUGCUGUUAUAGGUUGAUUUAAUUUUAUUUUGAUGGAGAAUUCUAACGGUAACGCUGCCAUUCCUCAAAAGCUCAUUAUUGAUACGGACCCUGGUAUCGAUGAUAGCAUGGCAAUCCUAAUGGCGUUUCAGUCCCCGGAGUGGGAUAUUAUAGGCUUGACAACUACAUUUGGUAAUACUAAACUUGAAGAUGCUACACGUAAUGCUUUGUUUCUGUGUGAGAUCGCAGGGUAUCCAGAUGUUCCAGUGGCACAAGGAAACUCUGAGCCUCUAAAGGGAGGAAAGCCACGUAUUGCUGAUUUUGCUCAUGGCUCUGAUGGAGUUGGUAAUCUUUCCCUACCUUCUCCAAAUGGACAAAAAAUUGAGAAGAGUGCUUCUGAGUUCUUAGUUGAUAAAAUCUCUGAAAGCCCUGGUGAAGUAUCUAUACUUGCUCUAGGACCAUUGACUAACUUGGCUUUGGCAAUCAAAAGGGACUCAUCCUUUGCAAGCAAGGUGAAGCAGAUAGUUAUACUUGGAGGUUCUUUCUUUGCACUUGGAAAUGUAAAUCCUGCUGCUGAAGCAAAUAUAUAUGGAGACCCAGAAGCAGCUGAUGUGGUCUUUACUUCUGGAGCAAACAUUGUUGUUGUUGGAAUAAAUAUCACAACUCAAGUUAAACUUACAGGUGCUUUAUACCUUUUCUUCUCAGUUUUGUGCUUAUGUUUUUCUUGCUUCCUCGUGAUAAUUUUGUCUAUUAUAGAUGACGAUCUUCUUGCACUGAGGCAGUCGAAGGGGAAGCAUGCUCAAAUUAUUUGUGAUAUGUGUAAAUUCUACAGGAAUUGGCAUGUGAAGUCUGACGGUGUACAUGGCAUCUUCCUUCAUGAUCCAGUGGCUUUUGUGGCACUAACUCGCCCUGAUUUAUUCACAUACAAGAAAGGGGUUGUGAGAGUCGAAACACAGGGAAUUUGCGUGGGGCAUACGUUAAUAGACCAAGGACUUAAGAAAUGGAAUAUGAGCAACCCUUGGUCGGAACAUUCUCCUGUUAAUGUGGUUUGGACAGUUAAUGCAGAUGAAGUCGUCAACUACGUCAGAAAAUUGCUGAUGAAACCAUGAGAAGCAUUGCUUCUCCAAGUUUUAAAAGCUACGAAGGAAACCGGAGAUAGAGAUUCCAAGAUCUUGAUUAAAAGCUACGAACUAAACUACGUCAUUUAGCUUGUUAGCUCAUUUCGAUCUUCAGGCAUGUGUAUGCAAAAAUAUCAACUUAUUCAUGAUUUUCAACUAUUUGAAUUCAAUGUAAAGACUUUAAUAAUUUAAUCAUUUCCGACGAUCUUGGGGAUUCUUGAA